AUGAGCUUCUUCGAUGAGGAGGAUGCUUUCUUUGGCGAGGAAGUCUUUGGCAGCGAGGGGGAGGGCUUCGAAAUCUUCGGCUCCGAUGAUGGCGAAAGCAGCGGCAGCGCUUUGGAGGACGACCAGGAAGACGUGCCAAUGGAUCCCAACUCCAAAAGCCUGGGCUCAGGCAGUCUAAAGGCUGGUUCCGAUCUCACGGCCAAGCGUGACGCGGCAGUCAAGGCACUGCGCAGUCACCAGAACAAAAUGGAGCAGGCGAGGCAGCAACGGGAUCACUCCCACCUGAAGCUGACAGAUGCGCAGAGAAGGAAGCUGUCCGCAGAAGCCUCUAUCACCGAGGCGGAUAGAAGCGCAGAAGCUGCCAAGCUGGCACCCAGGGCAUCCGCAGUGCCGGGCGAGGGGAGGUUUCGAGCGGGCAACGUGGUGCGGUACAAGCCGCAACACUGGCACACGCCUCCCGGCCUCUGGACCGUUGACAGUGUCUGUCCUCCUCGACCUGGCUUUAAGCUCAGCUACAUCGUGCGCCAGGGAGAGAUGGCAAUGCAGGCGGUCGAGGAUCAGCUUGAGCGGCCGCUCCUACCGGGCGACACCGUGAAGGUUGCGAAGUGGCCUUGGAAUGUCCAAAAUACACUGCCAUUUAGCCCUGCGGCACAAGUACAAGGCACCCUCUACGACGCGCUUCCGAAUGGCUACUGGCAAGUGGAGUUCCGUGGAAGCUUUUACAAACUGCCGGACAACUGCCUGCAGACUCCAUGGCCCAAGCCGGAUGUCGUCUUGACCCCAGCUCCUGCUGCCUUGGAAAGCUUGGUUGGAGGCUUCCACCGUCUCGACAAAGUUCGAGACCAGAAUGGCUUGGCAGGCGUGGUUGCCGGCACCAGCGAAGAGAACCCUGACUUGCUCAAGGUUGCCGCAUCUGAUGCCUACAUCAAUACCAUGGGCGUUGAGAGGUUUUACCAAGCGGAUCAGCUUCUGACCGAGGAGGCCUACUGGCGCAAGCGGGCAGCGAGCUCGCGCGAGGUCGUGGACAAGUCACGAGAGGACGAGACGCACCUCCAGAAGGAGCUGGACAAGCACACGGCUCGCUACAACGAGCUGGAAGCUGGCUUGGAGGCACUGAGCAAGGCCUCCACGAGUGCCGCGAAGGCGGUGAAGAGAGCACAGAAGAACUUGGUGAGCAUCCGCAUGGUCACAGCGGUCUUCUUCAAGACUGUGAAGGGGAAGGACCAGGUGCCUCAGGUCUGGCGCGAUGUGUCGAAGUACGUGGACCUCCACUGGGCCCUGGCACUCUCCAGGCCGGCAAAGCUCUCGCCGACAGAGGAUCUGGAGACGAAUUCGCUCCUACCCGGGAGACCCACUCUGGUUGCGCUGGGGGACGCCAAAGGCUUUGCGAAGUCCAUUGCGGCAAAGCGGGGUGAGAGCUCUAGUGGCCACAUCAUCAGUGUGAAUGGCAAGGCACUGGAGGCUCUGCGAAAGGGCCGCAACAAGGCCGUGAACUUCGUGAUGAAAAGAAAGCUGGCGAAGAGUAUUGUGAAGAAGCUGAAGCCAGGUGCGGCGGCUCCCGCCGAAGUCCACAGCUUCGCUCUCCUCAAGGCAGCCUUGGGCGCCGAGGAGAACAUUGUGCUCAGCGACAAGGUCCAGGCCUUUUUCGACUCCCCGGAGAUUGGAAUCAUCCGCGCCAAGGAGGUUCCGCCGCCCGAUUGCGUCGCGAAUUCGCUGAGGCCUUAUCAGCUGACCGGCUAUCACUGGCUGGUGAACAAUGCACGCAACGGCUUGGGAUGCAUCUUGGCCGACGACAUGGGUCUCGGGAAGACACUGCAGGCGAUAUCGCUGAUGCUUUACCUCAAGUCGAAUGGGUUGCUCACCAAACCGAUGCUGGUGGUCGUUCCGACAGGCCUACUGGGCACCUGGCAGAGGGAGCUGAAGCAGUGGGCUGGAGACACCCUGAAAGUGAACCUCUACUUCGGCAAAGAGCGGAAGGCGGUCGCCGGAAUGGGCGAAGUUGAGAAGAAGAGGCCAAAGGACGAGCCUCCAGCGCCGAAGCGCCGAAAGUUGUCCCAAAAGCAGCCGGCUCCUUCCGCCUAUCUACCCGUGCCGGAGAAGCAGACGAGGGUCAAGAAGUCCGAGGAGCACGUCGAGACGGAUGUCUUCCUGACGUCCUACGGCGUCUUCCGCUCGGAUGCUGCACGACGAUUGAGCCAGAAGGAUAUCUUCGGAGGGAUGAUCCUGGAUGAGGCGCAACAGAUCAAGAACUACGACACCAAGAUUUCGCAGGAAGUCAAGCGAGUUGCGGAGUUGGUUGGUCCAGUCCGCGUCUCCCUGUCCGGCACACCAGUGGAGAACAAGAUGGCAGACCUGCAUUCGCAGUUCGAGUUUAUUCUGCCAGGAUAUCUCGCCGCGAGCCGGGCCGAUUUCCAGAAAAGCUACGAGAGGCCUCUUCAGAUGGCCAGCAAGCGACGCUCUGCGCUCCCGAACUACGCUGCCGUCACGGCCAAGGAGAAGCUGCAGCAGAUCAUCCGCCCAUUUAUGCUCCGUCGUAAGAAGACGGACCCGGACAUCGUUCCGGACCUUCCAGACAAGGUGGAGAUGUCCCACGAGGUGGAGCUCACGGCCUUCCAGCGGAAGCUUUACAAGGCGGUUCAGGAGGCCUACGAGAGGGAUCGGGCACAGCUGGAUCGCUCAGCUGCCUCCUACAAGCUCGCGCGAAGCGGCGCCAUCUUCAAGAUGCUGCAGGGGCUGAGGGAAAUCUGCAACCAUCCGUCAUGUCUCGAUCAGAAGCGGCGGCCGUCCGACGUCGCGGCUGCAGACUACCCGGCCGCCGAGAAAGAGAAGGCCAGCGGCAAGAGCGAGAAGCUCCACCAACUCUUAGAGGAGACCAUCUUCCCAAACAACGAGAAGGUGCUCAUUUUCUGCACCUCGCUCUCGGCGAUCGACGUCUUGUCCAAGCAGAUUCAGCGGCGCUUCAACACUCAGCCGCUCGUCUUGCAGGGCGACGUCUCGCAGAAGCAGAGGGAUGCCUUGGUGCAAAAGUUUCAAACCGACGAUCGCUGCACAGUUCUGCUCUCGAGCGGGGUCGGUGGCACUGGCCUCACUUUGACUGCGGCCACGCACGUGGUGCAUUAUGACCGAUGUUACAAUCCCGCCAAAGAAGCGCAGUGCACCGACCGUGCACAUCGCAUCGGUCAGCACCGGACCGUGACCGUGCACACCUUGACCAGCCAGGACAGCUUUGAGGCACGAUUGGACGAGAUCAUGCAGCGAAAGCGGCACCUCUCUGACAUCACCUCGAGUUCCAGCGAGAACUGGAUCGCAGACUACGACGACGACGAAGUACGGGAGCUCUUCCGCCUCGGCUCGUCUCGUGAGUAG